AUGCUCCUCCUACGAUGGCUGCCGGUGGCCGAUGAGGUCCUACGCCGACGAUUGCUUGACCAUCAUGCCCUCAUGCAGUGGAAGGAUCCUGCCAGCACAGGAUUGGGUCUACUUCCCGAAGCCACGACACUUGCCAGAGACCCAGACCUCCGCCAGCUGAAGCGUAUCAUGUUGGAGGCAUGGUUCCCCGACAGGGUUCAUGAGCUUGACGUGCCGGAACCUGAUGAUCUGGAGCCUGUCGGUGAUGGAGAGGAUUACAAUCUUGAUGAGGAGGAUGACUUGGAGGUUGAAGGUGGGGCAGAAGGGGAUGAACAUCCCGUAGAAGAGAUGGAGGAGGCCGGUGGCCUCCCCCACGAGGCUGAUGCUGCAGCCGAACCCAUGGCGGUGGAUGGUGAAGGCGAUGGCCCGACAGAGGAGCAUGAUGUGGUGGUGCUAUCCGACGAAGAAAACAACACGCCGCCGCACAAACCAGUUAGAAUGCUUUCUCGUUCUGGCUCCAAACUUGACGCGCCCGUGGCCCACCGACUUCAGAUGCUGAAGAUGCAGCUUGAAGCUGUGAAGUGA